AUGGCCCCCCAUCGUCGCUCCAUUCCCUCCGCACCGCCCAACAAGUCCACGCCGCCUUCUCCGAUCCUGAGCCCCGCCCGUGCACGGAAUCCGCAACGAGGCGAUGAAGACGAUAUUACACGCGGGAUGAACGGCGAUUGCAAAGAGCUGGAUGUAGACGGACUGGCUAUAUCCAACGGACAAGGCGAGGGAACGGGGAAGACACCGCGAUCGGAGAGGUAUUCCCACGCGACGGAUAACGAAGUGCAGGACGAGGUGCUGGGGAUACGACGGACGGAAAUCACACUGAUGGAAGACACCUACUCGAAUGAGCCGGGCUCCGCGAUGUCGGAUGCUGCGAAUGGGGCUGGUUGGAGGGAGUUGCGCCUACGCAGCACCGAGGCAGACGAUUCUCGCCACGUCUCGCCGACGCAGACACAGCAGACGCUGGGGAUGGUCUUCCACCACACUGAGAACGGGUCUGCUGGUUCGGAUCCCGAGGGCAGCGGCCCCCGGACGUCGACGUCGCUGGUGGAUGUUUUCGAGGGCCCGGAGGGCGUCGGCGCCGCGUUGAAUGGAUGGUCGGGGAACAUGAACAUGUCUCCUGGCAAAAGCCACGAGGUGCCGAAGCUGUCGCCGGCCAAGAUGCACGAGCUCACGUCCUCGCCGCAGUCGAUCCCGUACCGCGCUGCCGGGGAGAAGGAAUCUGGCCGUCGAGUCGUGUCGGAUCAUACGCAUACGCAUACCAAGUCCGCUGGUUCAGUGGACGAGACGCGACUGCCGUCGGAUACUGCUGCCAAAGCCCGGGGCAGAGAACCGGCCGUGGACGGCGGGUUCGAACUGGGGACUCCCGCCGCGAGACACUCCGUGGCGAACGGUCGGCCGCGACCACCCGCUCCGAGGACGGUGUCGACGCCGAGUACCUCGCGCCGGCAGACGCUGCCUGUGACCAGCGAGCGGCUGGCGCAGACGUGGGCGGCGCGGUCGAAGAUCGACCCCCGUCCGGGGAUUGGCCGUCUGGAGCAGGAAUCCAAACAGCAUCUCAGCCCGUCGCCGCAUAUCACAGAGCCUGCUCUGCCGUCGCCGAUGCCGACGUCGAUCCCGCUCCCUCCGCUGUCUGUUCCGACGUAUUUGCAGCUGGAGCUGGCGUCGGGGCGACCAUCGCCGUUGUACAUCCACCGGUCCGCAACGAAUGAUUUCCCCUACGAAUCAUCGCGGGUCAAACUCGAGCGGCUGUCAAACUUUUUGAUGCUCCCUCCGGCUUUGGAGCGGGUGCUGUGGUUCGGCAUCCUGGCGUGUCUGGAUGCGUGGCUCUACUCGUUCACCAUCCUUCCUCUGCGGUUCUUCAAGGCCUUGUAUAUCCUGUUGGAAUCUUGGAUGGUCAACCUGGGGAUGGAGCUGCGGUUCCUCGCGGACUUUGUCGUCAAGGGUGUCGGGCGGGUAUGGCGUAGGCGGACGAAGUCGGCUCAGGCAAGCUCCGAGUCUGAGAGUCGGACCCAAGCUGGUGUUGUUUCCGACAAACAGGACCACCCCGUGGAGCGAGAGACUAGGUCCAAGGUUGUAGAAACGCGCAGACGCCAUCGUGCCGAUACGCACAAGCAUCAGCACCGGCGGCAGAAAUCCAUCCCGUCGGCGCUGCUCCCCGACGACAAAGCCGAUAUCCUCAAGGGACUGCUCAUGAUUGCCACGUGCUGUGUCCUGAUGUACUUUGAUGCGAGCCGGAUGUACCAUUGGAUCCGAGGCCAGGCGGCCAUCAAGCUCUAUGUGAUCUACAACGUGCUGGAAGUAAGUGAUCGGUUGUUUGCUGCUAUCGGGCAAGAUGUGCUCGAGUGCCUCUUCUCUCGCGAGGCUCUGGAACGUCGUCCGGACGGACGCAGCAAGGUGUUCCGCCCGUUUGGACUUUUCUUGCUGGCCCUGGCGUACACGGUGAUUCAUUCCACGGCGCUGUUCUACCAGGUCAUGACGUUGAAUGUGGCGGUCAAUUCGUACUCGAACGCGUUGAUUACCCUUCUUCUUUCGAAUCAGUUUGUCGAGAUCAAGUCAACCGUAUUCAAGAAGUUCGAGAAGGACAAUCUAUUCCAGCUCACAUGUGCCGACGUGGUCGAGCGGUUCCAGCUCUGGCUCAUGCUCACCAUCAUCGCAUCGCGCAACAUCGUCGAGACGGGCGCGUUCAAUUUCAUCGGCACGCUGGGCUCCAGCCUGGGCAGUCUUGCGUCGUCGAGCACCAACAGCACGCCGCUUUCCACCCCUCCGCGAUCGUCGGCCUCCAUCCUCCCGCGAUCGUUUACCUUUUUCCCGUCAUCGCUCAUCUCCUCGUUCAGUCAGGUCAACUCGUUCCUCCCGACUCUGGCGCAGGUGCUGGGUCCGUUCCUGGUGGUCCUGGGAUCCGAGAUGCUGGUCGACUGGCUCAAGCACGCAUACAUCGGCAAGUUCAACAACACGCGGCCGGCCAUCUACGGCCGCUUCCUCGACGUCCUGGCCAAGGACUACUACACCAACGCAUUCGGCGACCAGAACCUCACCCGCCGGCUCGGCCUCCCCGUGAUCCCGCUGUCCUGCCUCUUCUUCCGCGUCUCCGUCCAGACGUACCAGAUGUUCCUGGCCGCGCUGCUCCCACACCAGCCCUCGUCGACAGCCGUCCAGUCGACCUCCCUCGCCUCCAUCCACAGCCACUACGUGCCGUCUCCGAUCCCAUCCGCAACCUCGCUCACCCUGCGCACCAUCCUCCCCGUCUCCGCCGCGCACGCCAGCGCCAUCUUCCGCCGCAUCCUCGCCAACGCCAUGCCCUCGCCCGCCCAAUCCGUCUACAUCUUCACCAUCGUCCUCAUCCUCACCGCGUUCAUCCUCCUGCUCAUCCUUAAGCUGCUCCUCGGCAUGCUGCUGCUGGCGUACGCGCGCUCGCGCUACAAGGCCAUGAAGGCGCGCGAGAUGGGGCAUUCUUUCGCCGCUCCCGCUGCUGCUGCCGAGACAAACGGCACCGUGAGCUCUGGCUCCCGUGGCCGCGGUUUCGUCGUCGAAGGGAGUCGGCGGGUAGGCGGGUGGGGCGUCGUCGAGGUCAACGACGACAAGCGCCGGUGGAUCUACGCGGAUGACCCGGAGGCGUUGCGGCGGCUGAAGGCGCGGGAGGAAAAAGGGAAGGAGAAGGAAGGCGAGCCGUCAAUGGACCACGUGCAGCGGUAUGAGAUGGUCGCGAAGCGAAUAUGGUAA